UCCAUUCGCUAAAAACAUAUCAAAAUAUUUAUUAAAGGAUCGUAAAAUAACAACAGGUUUACCUGAUUAUAAUUUACCAAACAACAAAAUUUAUACGAACAAAUAUACAUUAUUAAAUUUCCUUCCAAAGAAUUUUUUCGAAUAAUUUUCGAAAAGAGCUAAUUUAUAUUUUUUAUUUAUUGGAAUUAUGUAAACAGUACCAUAAAUAUCGAUUUCAAAUGCUUUACCAGUAAUAUUUGUACCUUUAAUUGUAAUAGUAGUAAUAUCAGCAAUGAAAGAUUUUUUCGAAGAUUAUAAAAGAAUGUAAUCAGAUAAAACAGAAAAUAAUAUGAAAAUUGAAGUUUAUAAUAAAGAAAAAAAAACUUUUGAAUUUAUGUCAUGGUAAGAACUUCAUCCCGGGCAUAUUAUUAAGGUUAGAAGAGACAAAUAUUUACCAGCAGAUACAGUUUUAUUAUUUUCUUCUGAAUAAAAAGGUGUUUGUUAUAUUGAAACGAAAAAUUUAGAUGGUGAAACAAAUUUAGAUUUAAAAUUUGCUGAUUAAAGAAUUCAUAAACAUAUUAGAAGUGAAGAGAAUUUGCAUUAAGAUUGCUUAAUUAUUAAUUAUGAAAAACCUUCGCCUUUAAUUUAUAUUUUUAAUGGAUAUCUUACCGCUAAAAAUAAUGAUAAAAUACCCCUAGGACCUGAUAAUAUAAUUCUUAGAGGUUGUUCUUUAAAAAAUACGGAAUUUAUUAUUGGAGUUGUCGUUUACACAGGUCAUUAAUCAAAAAUUAUGUACAACAUUUUAACUGUAAAAAAGAAGAAAACAGCAGUUGAAAAUCUUAUGGAAAAAUUUAUUACUAAAAUAUUUUAUAUAUAAUGCUUAUUAUGUCUAUUGUGUUCAAGCUCUUAUUUAAUUUGGUAUCAUAACAAUAGAAAUUCUCUCAAAUACUUAUAAAUUUUGGUUUCAGAUGAUAAUUAUGAAGAUUAACCUGUUUACAAUUUUUUAAUAAGAUUUGGAAAUUGGGUAUUAAUAUUUACAAAUUUUGUUCCUAUAAGUUUACUUGUAACUCUUGAAAUGGUAAAAUUUAUAUAAGGAAUUACGAUGUCUUAAGAUGAAAAAAUUUAAUAUACAUCUGUUUAAUCUUCAAAUUUAAAUGAAUAGUUAGGAUAAAUAAAUCAUAUUUUUUGUGAUAAAACCGGUACAUUAACUUAAAAUAUAAUGCAAUUUAAAUAGAUUGCUGUUGGCUAUACUAUUUAUGGGGAACAAAAUUAUGAGUUUUGUUCUCCUUUAAGCGAUGAAGAAAUAAAUAAAUAUUAUCCUAAAGUUAAUAAUGUGGACUUUAGAGAUAGACUAUUUAUGAAUAUUAUAAAAAGUGAAGACUCACCUGAAUAUGAAAAAGUUAUACAUAUUUUAUUUUUACUUGCUUCUUGCCAUAGUGUAUAGACAAAUUUUUCUUCUGGGAAUAUUUUUUAUACAGCUUCUUCUCCAGAUGAAUACGCUAUUAUAAAUUUUGCAAAGUUUUCAGGAGUGGAGUUUAUGGGAAUUGAUAAUGAAUAGAAUAUUUGUGUAAAAUUUAAUUAAAAAGAAUAUAAAUCAAAGCUUUUGCAUAAUUUUGAGUUUGAUUCUACACGAAAAAGACAAUCUAUAAUUAUUAAAGAUUUCAAUGGAAAAUAUUUCUUAUUUUGUAAAGGAGCAGAUUCAGUAAUAUCAAAUCUUAGAAGAAAUGACACAGACGAUACUUUGAUAAAUUGUUUGCAUGAAAGAUUAAGAAAUUUUGGAGCAUAAGGAUUACGAACAUUAAUGCUUGCAGAUAGAGAAAUCGAAGAAAAUUAGUAUUUAGAAUGGGUUUAGAAAUAUAAUAAUGCAUAAAAUACAUUAGAAAAUAAAGAAAUAGAAAUAGAAAUGUUAUAAAAUGAAUUAGAGAUGAAUUUAAAUAUUUUAGGAGCUACAGCUAUAGAGGAUAAAUUAUAAUAUGAAGUUCCAGAAACAAUAGAAGCCUUGAAAAAUAGUGGAAUAAAGAUUUGGGUAUUAACUGGAGAUAAAAUUGAAACUGCAAUAAAUAUAGCCUAUGCAUGUAAUUUAUUAGAUGAUUCUUUAGAAAAAGCAAUAAUUGAUUCAGAGCAUGAAAACGAAGUUGUAAAGUUCUUGGAGGAAACAUUAGAGAAUUUCAAAAAUAUUGAAAAAAAUUAUAAUAAUAAUUAUGGAAACAAAAACUCUUUUUAAAAAACUUUAAAUUGUGCACUUGUUAUUUCAGGACAUUCUUUAAUACAUAUAACAAAACCUCACAUUAAAAUAUUAAUACUUAAUAUUACCAAAUAUUGCAAAUGUGUACUUUGUUGUAGAGUUUCACCUAAAUAAAAAUAAGAAGUAGUUACCACUAUAAGAGAAAAUGAUAAAUCAGCUAUAACUUUAGCUAUUGGAGAUGGAGCAAACGAUGUUAAUAUGAUAACUGCUUCACAUGUUGGAAUUGGAAUUAAAGGAGUUGAGGGUAAUUAGGCUGCUAGAGCAAGUGAUUAUUCGAUUAAUUAAUUUAAAGAUUUAAGAAGACUACUUUUUUAUCAUGGAAGAGAGUGCUAUAGAAGAAAUUCUUAAUUAGUUUGUUAUAAUUUUUUUAAAAAUAUUUUAUUGGUUUUACCUUAGUUUUGGUAUGGAUUUACUAAUUGGUUUAGUGGUUAAACAUUAUAUAAUUCGUUUAUUUAUUAAUUAUUUAAUAUUUUUUUUUCUUCUUUACCUGUUAUGGUAUAUGCAAUUUAUGAUUAAGAAUAUCCCGAUCAUGUUUUAACUAAGAACAAGAAAAAAAAUUACUAUGAAUAAGGAUUGAAAAAUUAACUUUUUAAUCCAAAAGUAUUUUGGGUUUGGUUUGCUUCAGCAUUUAUUUAAGGAGGAGUUGUUGUUACCAUAUCUUUGUAUUCUUUAGAAUAAACUUUUGUUACUCCUGAUGGACAUUCAUAAUGGUUUUGGGCUAGUGGAACUAUGAUUUUCGGAUUAAUUGUAGUUAUUUCUAAUAUUAAAAUUCUUAUUAUGUCUAAUGAGCAUUCUUUAGGUUCACUUGUUAUUAAUUUCGGAUCUAUGUUUUCUUAUUUAAUUACUUGGGUAGUUAUAAGUAAUAUUAAUACUACUGAAAUUUAUAGAACUAUAGGGUAAAUGUUCCUUACAGUAAAUUUUCAUCUAGGAAAUAUUCUAGCUAUUACUGCUACAUCGUUUUUUGAUUGGGCUUUGUCUUUAUAUUAAAAAUGGAAUUAUAAUAGUGUUACAGAAAUUGAAAAAAGCUUACCUUUAAAAUAUGAAACUAAUAUUUAAGCCAAAUAAUAUCUUCUUAAAGCACAAGCUUGCAUUAAUGUAAAAGCUAAUAAUAAAUAAGGCUUUAUUUUAAAUUCAAGAAAAGGAAAAGGAAGCAAAUAUGGUAAUACAGGAUAUGCUUUUAAUCAAAUAGAAAAGAAAAAGCAAAUAUAAAAUUAAUAGAUGGUUUGA